AGCAACAUUAUCAAUGGCAUCUCAUAAAUCGGAGAUGACAUCAUCUAAUAAUGACAUCCUAUCACCAGAAUUCGUUGCUACGAGCAUAACUAUUUUUGCUGUUUUAUUUUCGAGUUACGUCACCUAUUACGUCAUCAAAAGAAUAUGGAGAAUAGUAUACUACCUCUAUGAUUUAAUAUUUCUUCCAUACGAGUUAAUAAGACCAUUGGGGUCCGUUGGGUAUACCAAUCCUGAAUCUUACGAAAUGACUCAACGACAAAUCGUGAACCUCGUACGAAGGAGGCGGAAACAGGGUCUUGAAAUUCCACCAGUCUAUCCGAACGGAUGGUUUCGUAUCAUGGAUUCAAGAUUCUUAAAGAAGGGCGAAGUGAAGCAAGUCACUGCAAUGGGUGAAAACUUAAUUGCUUUCCGUGGCAAAUCUGGCAACGUAUCAGUGAUGGACGCCUAUUGUACCCAUAUGGGAGCAAAUCUUGGAGUUGGGGGCCGCGUGUCAGGAGAUUGUAUCCAGUGCCCGUUCCAUGGCUGGAAGUUCAACAUGGAAGGGAAAUGCGUCGAAGUGCCCUACUCAGAUAAAUUGCCAAAGAAUGGAGAUAUGAAGACCUGGCACUCACGAGAAAUGAACGGUAAUAUAUAUGUCUGGUAUCACUGUGACGGGACAGACCCGGAGUGGGAAAUGCCCUCUGUACCGCAAGUCGACAAGCAACAGUAUGCUUAUGCAGGCCGAAUAGAGCAUCAUAUCAACACACAUAUACAGGAUAUUCCAGAAAACGGAUACGAUGAACCGCAUCUAAAUUAUCUUCAUCAACCUCUUGUUCUUGCUGGGGUAAAUCUGGCAACCCAUUUUGAUUCGAAGUUCAACCUUGCUGGGAAUAUUAUGGAGACGGACUACAGCACAAUGCUUCAAACGAGCGAAAAACACGUUGCAAAAAUUAGUCUUCUUCAUGUAUUCGAAGUUUUCAGUCGAUGGAGAAUGGUCUACGUCAACUUUCAAAUAUAUCAGAUUGGACCAGGGGUUGUUCAUCUACACGUAACAACUCCAGUUGGCAAGAUUGUAAUAAUACAGAACAUUACACCAGUGGAACCUAUGGAUCAAAUAUUAACCCAUGCGCUGUUUAAGCCUUGGUACAUACCGAACAUUAUCGCGAAGGCUGUUUUAUGGGGAUUGACUGUGCAGGUCGAUCGUGAUCUCAUGGUUUGGAAUAACAGACGAAUACUUGCGAAGCCAUUAUUUUUGAAAGAAGAAAAAGUACAAAAGACAUUCAGGCGAUGGUACAAACAGUUCUAUACGGAUAACAGUCCAAGAUUAGGGGAUACUAAGAAGGAAGGCGAUUUGGACUGGUAAUUGGACUGAAGGUCGAACGCUAGUUUAAUACAUAUUAUUGUGGAAGGUUGCAGGCUCAUCCUACGCCACAGUAAAUUGAAAAUACAGUGAGGAAAAAGAAUCGCGAACACGAGUUUACAGAGAAAAUCCAGCGAAAAGCUCGUCCUACGCUACAUUGAAUGAAAAUAAAGUAAGAAAGAAGAAUCACGAACGCGAGUUUACAGAGAAAAGUUUAGAGAAAAGCUCGUCCUACGCUACAAUGAAUGAAAAUAAAGUGGGAAAGAAGAAUCGCGAACGCGAAUUCACAGAGAAAAGUUCAUACUACGACACAAUGAAUGAAAGUAAUGUGGGAAAGGAAGCAUCGCGAACGCGAGUUCAGAGAAAACCUUAUCCUACGUUACAUUAAAUGAAAAUAAAGUGGGAAAAAAGAAUCGCGAACGCGAGUUUACAAAGAAAAGCUCAUCCUACGCUACAUCAAAUGAAAAUAAAGUGAAAAAGAAAAAUCGCAAACGCGAGUUCGCAAGAGAAAAGCUCAUCCUAUGCUACAAUAAAUGAAAAUAAUGUGGGAAAGGAAGAACCGCGAACGCGAGUUUACAGAGAAAGUUUUUUCAAGCGCACACUUUGACAGCACUUGGAUGUGUAGUAGUUUAGUAAAGCAGUGGUUUCCAAUUCCUUACGGGUCGUGACCCCCUUUCAAAUGAUUUUAAAACUCAUUGCCCCUCUGUUCCACAUUCCAAAAAUACAAUUUUUUUGUUUCUGAAGAUUAAAAUUAAAAUUUAAUUUUCUGCGUCUACAAUACGUUUACGACUGCUAUCUCGCAGUCAAGUGAAACUGUACUUAAUAAGUGAACUAGGUUCGGCCGUUGUCUGCAGAUAGCAACCUGCAACCAGCGACAAACAUUAGAAUUCGCAGAGCGAAUAUUGGUAUUUUGAUUAGGAGAUUCCAGUUGGGAACCGCUGUAGUAAAGUCUAAGGGCACGAUGAGCUUCGUCUGAAAUUAUUGCUUCAACGAUUGUCUAAUUUUAUAUUGAAAUUUGAAAUAUUAAAUAUCACACUGCUCUAUAUUUAUAUAUUAUUUAUCUAUCUUUAUUUUAAAAGAAUUUUACUUUUUUUAAUCAUUUUGUUUUUAAUAUUAUUUUUUCAUUUAAUUCAUUCGCAAUAAAAUACAGUCCG